CCAAUUAGUAGUCUGUAUACUUGUUGCCUGUAUAGAGAAUAGAGGCUAUAAUAAACAUUUUACCAUAUUUUGAAAAUUAAAAAAAGUUCAGGUCUUUAUUUAAAAAAUAAAACAGUUGAAGUUCCAUUUUGAAAAUGCAUAUAGACGAAACCGAAAAAGAGUUUAGUAUUCAAGCGCCUUGGGGCACGAUUGUCGGACUAACAUGGGGCGACAGCUCCCUCCCCCCCGUGCUACUGGUCCACGGCAAGCUGGACGUGUGCUCCAGCUUCCGGUCCCUAGUCGCCCUCCUACCACGCUCAUUCUACUACGUGGCGAUAGACUUACCGGGCAACGGUCGCUCGGACCCUCUACCACGAGGUGUGCGGUUCACAGUGAUGGACUAUGUGCCGGUGAUAAGUAUAGUUAAGGAACAUUACGGCUGGGAGAAGUUCAUGUAUGUGGCGCACUCGUUUGGGACUAUUGUUGGUAAGAUUUACAACAUAGCGUACCCCGAGAUAAUAACCCGCGUGGUAGAACUCGACCCGGUGCCCGCUUACCACACCUGGCCCACUACCAGGGAGGGACUAAGGAGAUGGUACCACCGCUACUACGACUCGUACGAACCUCACAAAUACCACAAGUUCUACGGCGGGCUAGACGGAGCGCCCAAAUACACAUACGAAAAGGCUCAAGAAAUGAUAAUGAGCUCCAGAAGCAUACCAAAAGAGGCCACAGAGAACGUUCUGGAGCGGUGCCUGGAGCCUGCCGGUGACGGCCUCUACAGAUUUACCUACGAUCAGCGUAUGAAGGAAGUAACCAUUCUACCAUUCUCAGGGGAGCAUCUGAGGAGGAUAUACACCACCUGUACGACCCCCACAUUCGCUGUUUUAGCUCAGAGCGUGAUCGACAUAGGAUUAUACGAGACAGUACCCUUUAUAACAGACGCUGACUGCUGGCCCUACCGGAACUACAGUUUUAAAAUUGUCGAUGGUGGCCACGACUUGCACUUAAACAAACCUGAGGCCAUAGCCGAAGAUAUAUCUAAGUUUCUAAUGGCGCAUUUAACGUCUAAGUUGUGAUUUCAUUAAUUCAAAAUUCAAUAUCGUUUAUUCAGUCUAGGCUGUUACAAGCACUUCUGAAAAGCUACGGCGGGAGACCUUGUACUGAGAAGAACUGGCAAGAAACUCGGCAGGGGCUGUUUUUUUCUCCCUGUAUUAUAUACAGA